AUGGUGGCUCUGAACGUUCCUGGCCUUCAUGAUGGCCGUCCACUACGACGGCUCUCCACUACUCGCCGCCCAAGCGGGAUGGUCACUCCAUAUAAGCCUCGAAAGACCAGAAAGAAGCUGCAGGUGAUUAUCUGUAUUCUUUUUGUGGAGUUAUUCGAGAGGUUCACCUUCUUUGGGAUCGUUUGCAAUAUGAUCCUCUUUUGCACCAUCAAGUUGGGAUAUCACAAUUACCAGGCAGCCACGGUGAACCUGUGUUUUGUUGGAGCCAGUACACUCACUCCUGUUCUUGUGGGCUGGUUUGCAGAGACGUGUCUGGGAAGGACAAAAGUUCUCUAUCUUUGCGCUCUACUUCAUUUCAUUGGUACUGCCAUGCUCCCUGUAGUUGCAUUCCCCUUUGAGGAUUUCUACAUCGACACACACAAUACUAUCCAUCAACUGGAGCCACAAGAGCAACAUGUUCUCUUCUACACAGGGUUGCUGGCUGCUGCCCUUGGUAUCGGGGGCUUCCGCGCUAUCCUCUGCCCAUUAGGAGCUUAUCACCUUCAGGGUUACAACCAACACCAGAUACUGUCCUUUUUCAACUGGUUCUACUGGCUAGUCAAUCUGAAUUCUACCGUUGUCUUCUUGGGGAUCUCAUACAUUCAGCAGUCCGUGGGCAAAAACCUGGGCUUUCUCAUCCCCUUCACCUCUGUUCUGUUGGCUCUCAUUGCCAUACAUAUGGCUCGCAACAAUCUCAUCUUCCGUCCAAAAAAAGGCAGCUCGUUACUGACCACACUGGGUGUGUUCCUUAACUCCCUAAAAAUGUGCUGCCUCCGUUAUCGUCACUUGAGUGGAGAUGUGGCUAACUGGCUUGACCGCGCCAAGGAGAACAAUGGAGGACGCUACACUGAGACCAGUGUAGAAAACGUUAAGAUCCUGGUCAAGCUUUUUCCUCUUUUCGGACUGCAGCUGCUCUACCGUGCUUGUAUUACCCAAAUUCCUUCAGGAUACUACCUCCAGACCAUGCAUUCACACCUGAACUUCAAUGGUUUUCUCCUUCCAAUAGCAGCAAUGAAUGUGAUCAGUAUCCUGCCAUUGCUAAUUUUAGCACCACUAUUGGAAUUUGUCAACACCUGCUACCAGUCUUCAAACAAAACACCUCCUUCUCCAACCAAAUUCAUAACAAUGGGGCAUGCCUGUGCGGCUCUUUCUGCACUAGCUGCAGGGAUUGCUGAGAUCCACAGAAAGGAUUACCCUCAGGUGGAGCAGACACUGUCAGGGACAGUGCUACAGGUGUCCUCAAUGGCCUGUUUUCAGCUCGCACCUCAGUACAUCUUACUGGGUAUAGCGGAGGCCUUUGUCACACCAGCAUGCUCCCUCAUCUCUUUCUGUCUGACUCCUAGCAACCUCAGAGGCAUUUCUCUACACUUCCUUAGUCUCUUCUAUGGAGGAGGAUGCUUUCUGGGUGCUCUUCUGAUUCAGUUCUUUUAUCUCAUGUCUGGCGGGAACUUUUAUCCAAAUACACUCAGCAACGGCAAUAUGGAGAGAUUUUUCUUCAUGCUGGCGCUGCUGAUGGCCAUAAAUACACUGGUGUUUUGGAAAUUAUCUUGCAGGUACACAGAUCUGAGUAUUGAACUGGAUAAAGGAGUGAGACAGAGUCACCUGGCUGAAAAGCUCCUGCAGUAUAAAGCCUGUCUCCGAUUCUAUGACACAGUGGAUCACUCUGGAACUUCAGCUUCCUUGGAAAUGAUCCUUUAA